AUUAUCGAUACAUAUUUGUGAUACUUCCUGUGCAAUGAAAGUAUUGGAUAUAUCUAAUUACAAUUGUAUUUUGUGUCUGUAUAUAUCUAAAAGUAUAUGCAAAGCAUAAUAAAGGCAUUUUGCUUGUAUAGUGAUCAAUAAAGCAAAGUUUGGUGAGAAAAGAGAGCAAAACCGGGACAAUAUAAGCAGGAAAGAUUGUUAAGAAUCGUCGAAGACAAAAGUAUGUCUGGAUACCAUGCUAAGUUGGACGACAAAAGAUUUACUAACUGGAUAAAGACAUGUAUUGCCAUCGAUAUAUUUAGAGCAUAUGUAGAGACUUUUGUUUACAAGGAAAUAGAAAAGUUUCAUUCAAGUAUCCUUGAAACAAUAGCAAAUGAAAAUAAAACGAAAAGUAAUAUUUAUUGCUCCGAAUGCAGAACUGCCAAUGUAUUGGAUUGCAAAACGAAUAACUUUUGCACCUUUAAGCAUGGGAAAUGUAGUAACCACUUUCCACCAGAACAUACAUCUCGUUCUUGCCCGAAAAACAUCUGUAACCGUAUCAAAUAUUUUAUUCUAAAAUGUCACGAUUUUAAUAGUCCUACAUGGCAAAACACCAGUGCAGAGAAAUGGUGUUAUAGUGCAUGGGAGUUAGCAAAGUGUUAUAUGCCUAAAGGUGGGUAUUUUGAAAAACAAAGUCCCGCCGAAACCGAUUUAAAUGGAAUCAUAAGCGUUAUGUUGAACAACUCUAAUAUUUCAGGGACUAUCGACAAAUCAAAUUGCGAAGAGAUACGUGGAUAUUGUAACUCACUUCGGCAUACAUCAAAUUUUUAUGUGGUUGACCAAAAGUUAGCUAUGUUCCUCGACAUGCUCGUUUCGUUUUUGGAAAAUUCACCAGCAUUUCACAACGACAAGAAAGCUAAAGAAGCUAUCAAAGAAAUCAAGGAGGUUAGAGCAGAGGAGUUUAAAAUAACUGUUCCUGAUGUCACACGAGUGAUACAAAAAUCAAUCCAAGAAGAACGGAUCCAGUGUUCUAAAGAUAUAGCUAAAGAAUCAAAAGAUUACAUAGAGGAAUUGCAGAAACUAAGAAGUGAGAUUGAAACCAUUGCAACUAAAAGUAUCAACGAAAUCAUUUCUGAAAAACACAAAGCCAUCGAAAAGAUAACAAGUACAGCAUCUUUACAAGUAUCAGCUGGAAAAGACGAAAUUGUAAAAGCUACAAAAGAUGCACGUACUGAGAUAGAAUCUUUUGUGAAAGGAACUAAUACACAACUAAGAGAACGGCUUAGAAAAGACCUUCUUGAUUGGAACAAAUCUAAACAUAACGAAAUCCCAAUCACUCCGUUAUUCGACGAUACCGAAGUGCCAAUCACAGACUUUUAUGUCCGUCCGCAACUAGUUUCUGUUGAAAGACAAAGUUACGGAUCGGUUUGGAAAAGAAAUGAGAAUACCCACCAAUUCAUUACGCGACGUUUUUUAUAAACACGAAAUAAGACAUAAUGAAAUUUAUCUUACAUCAGAUGCAGGAUUUGGAAAAUCUUCUUUAAGCAAAUAUUUAGUAAUGGCAUGGUGGUACGCUUUGACACCAGAUUCUGACCCGUCGAGUCAGUAUUUUUCCGAAGAAGAUAAGAAGGUUAUGGAAGUGUUUGACUAUGCAUUUCUGAUCAACCUGCGUGAACUAGCUUAUGAAUGUGAUGUUGACAAAAUAAUA